CAUUAGAGAAAUAGAGAGUGGAGCGCAAAACAAGCAGGGGUUUUCGUUAUCCGGUCUCUAUUAUCCACCACGCCUCUCCUUCUCUGUCUUUGUUUGCGGGUUUUUGAAUUAGGGUUUAUCCUUCAUUCAUUCUCUAAUUCUCAAUGGGUUUUGAUUCCAUCUCCAACUCCUCUUCUCCUCUUCCUCCUUUCUCUAAGGACCUUGCCAAGAAAAAGAGGACGAACAGGUCGGCUAGAUUGAAGCAGAGCAAGCUGGAUGUUCGGCGUGAACAGUGGCUUUCUCAAGUCAAGAACAAGGGAUGCGAGGUGGAUUCCAGUGGAAGGGGUGGGUCUCCUCCAUCAUGCAUGCAAAUACCCCAUAUGCAGAACAGGCUGGUGGAGACCUCAGAAAUGAGGUCAAGAGAGGAAGAGAAUGACAAUUCAAGCAUCCAUGACAGCGAUUUGGAAUCCCUGUUGAAUAGCCCAGUUGGUAGCAGUUUGGACAGUAAUGCUUCAAGGAAAGAUCAUCCAAGGAGCAGCAGCAGCACUAGUAGUGAUUGUUGCUCAAGAAGCCUCAGUGAGGAGGAAGAGGAUGAUGGGUGCCUGGAUGACUGGGAGGCUGUUGCAGAUGCUUUGGGUAUCAAUGACAACCAGCAGAACCCAAUUUCGGAACCUCCUGUUAAGCCUGAAGCCAGGAUUGGUUCAGCUGAUACGGAAUUACCAAAAAGAAGUUCUGGAGUUGACUUACUGAAAACAGAGAGUGGGGGAGUAGUUCCUAUCUCUCAGAUGAACUCUCGAGCAUGGAGGCCUGAUGAUGCUUUGCGUCCCCAGUCUCUCCCAAACCUCUCAAAGCAGUGCACUUUCCCGAUGAAUUCAGAGCGACAUUGCCACAGAGCUAUUCCUUGGGCAUGGAAAAGUACCAUCUCCCAGCCUUCUUCAUGUCCUAUCUGCUGUGAGGAUCUGGACCUCACAGACUCAAGUUUUCUGCCAUGUACAUGUGGAUUCCGGCUUUGCCUUUUUUGUCACAAAAGAAUUCUCGAGGCAGAUGGGCGAUGUCCAGGCUGCAGGAAGCAGUAUGAUCCCAUACAUGGGGAUGUAGGCUUUAAUACAGGAGCUACACCUUUCAAGAUUGGUCGUUCUUGCAGCAUGAUUUCUAGGUCUUAAAGAGAUUAUUUUAGGUCUUAAAAAGAAAGCUCUUUUCCCCUUCUAUAUUAUGUAUAUGGUCUCUUUAAUCAUCACCUAGAUGCUGUAUCUCUGUUUUUCAUUGAGGAAGAUGCCAGUGUAGGGAUAAGGAUCUGACCCUGCUUGGAACUGAAUUGGACCUUAAUGAACUUGACUCGGUACUUUUUUUAUA